AUGAAAAGACAUCAUCGUAUUCACAGUGGUUCUACACCCUAUAAAUGUGAUUUAUGUGGACAAUCAUUUCGACAUUAUAAUAGUUUAACUGUUCAUAAACGUAUGCAUACUGGACAACGACCUUAUGUUUGUGAUAUCUGUGGAAGAUCGUAUGUUUUGAUGUCACAUUUAAAAGCUCAUCGAGAAACACACGGAGGAGGAAAACGUAGGGAAUGUGAUUUGUGUGAUAUGUCGUAUGCUAGUGCCAAUGGUUUACGUCGUCAUAAAGCUAAGGUUCAUAAAGGGGGUAAAAAAUGUGAAUAUUUAGAGGAAGUACAGGAACAGGAAGAUAUUAUUAUUGAAUUACCAGUAGAACAAGUUGAAUAUUUUACAGUUUAA